AUGAUCUGUUUGGCGAUCAUUGAUAAUGAUGAUCGCUUGUUUAAGACAUCUGUUGCCGAUAGUGGAUCACCAACUGCUGGCAUUGUUGAGCCAUCCUUCAUCUGUGGUGUAGGAAUCUGUAUUCUAAUUGUUGCUAGGUUUGAUGAGGUCCAUUUUGGCGGAUUUGCACAGCAAUAUCAAAAGGGCACCUUUUUUUUGGAUGUGCACCCCCCCGGAGCCAAGAUGCUGAUUGCAGGGCUUUCCUGGCUUUUAGGUCUUCCGGAAGAUUUCAAUUUCGACCUCAUUGGCCUCGAUUACUUGGAAGCAGAUGUUCCAUAUGUUGGGUUGCGGCUACUGCCUGCCGUUUUGGGCACUCUGCUUGUGCCCGUGAUGUUUUUGACUUGUGUUGGGCUGGGCCUUGAGGUGGAAUAUUCGAUUUUUGGCGCUCUUUUAGUUUUGUUCGAAAAUGCACUGACAACGCAAUUUCGGUUUGUCUUUCUGGACGCGUACCUUAUAUUUUCGUCUGCAGCUGCCAUUUGUUUCUACAUGUAUUUUCAGAAAAAGAGAAGGGAUCCAUUCUCACCGGGUUGGUGGAUCUUCUUGAUGGGGACAGGCAUCUGCAUCGGAUGCGCUUCCAGUUGUAAAUGGGCAGGUCUGUUUACUGUGGCCACCGUUGGUCUUGCCACGCUGUUUGAUCUUUGGCAGCUGUUCAGCAGCCCGCGAGUAGUUUCCAUUAAUCGUUUCUCGCUCCAUUUUUUGGCCAGAUUUUUUGCCCUGCUUGUUGUCCCGGUGCUAAUCUACGUUGGCUCUUUCUGGAUGCAUUUCAAGAUGCUGACAAAGGCCGGUCCAGGAGCCUCGUCCAUGUCUUUGCUAUUCCAGCAGUCUCUGCAAGGUAGCCACAUUCUCCCACCGACCAACGCUCCCGUGGGAUAUGGAAGCAUAGUGACUAUCCGCCAUUUUUCUCAAAAGAGUUUUCUUCACUCGCACUCGCAUCUUUACCCAGAAGGUUCUGAGCAGCAGCAAGUGACAUUGUAUCCUUUUUCCGAUCUGAACAAUGAAUGGAUAGUUUUGCCUCGAUACCCGGAUCCCUUUAGGAAGCAAUACAGGUGGAACAUGUGGCCUGGAAAUCUCAGCGCGCCUCACGAUCUUGAUCCAUUUGUUCCACUUCGAAACGGGGAUCGAAUACGACUGGUGCAUCACCUUACUCGAAGAAGCCUGCAUUCGCAUGUAGUUUCUCCGCCUCUUUCAAACAAGGAGCACCAUUGGGAAGUCUCGUGUUACGGUCUUCUUGACGAUGUGCGUUCUUUUGGCGAUACCAAUGAUGACUGGAUCAUUCGGAUUACAGAUAGCCAGGGGAACGAGCUAAACGAUGCGGAUGAAGAUGAAGUAUUCAACGCAUUCAGAGCUAAAAAUAGAUACGAUGAAAUGCCCAUUGCCUCUCAGUACAUAUUUGCACUUCCAGACCAAUAUUCAGAAAGCGUUUCUGGGGACGGUUCUGAUGAACCGGGGCAAAGCUUGUUAAACGACCAAGUCUCGCCUGUUAUGGAACAAGAUCAAGCCGGCCCAAAAGAACAAGAUCAAGCCGGUCCGAACGAACAAGACCAAGAUGUCAAUACUGAGCACGAAUCCGUUGAUAACGAAGAAUUCCAUGUGUCAGAGCAUGAAUCCCAGGUGUCAGAACAUGAAUCCCAGGUGUCAGAACAUGAAUCCCAG